UUCGGAGGUGAGAACCAACCGUAACAGUGGACGCCUGGGACCGUGUUCUGAUUGGCUCACGUGUAACCUUGUUGCUCUAUCGCAGAGUUUCUGCAGUAAUCAGGUGUUGAGUGUAAACAACAGUUUAUAACAUCUCCACAGAUUGAUUUAGGCUUUAGCCUAGGAUGCCUCAAGAUGGGUUGGGGAUCAAGUCGGGUGGCAAGAAAAGGUCUGGAGGCGUACCCCGUGUCCGCAGCCACACUGAUGCCGAGCUCCAGUAUUACCGUGACCAAGACCACGAUAACCUCCUCCCGCCUUCCUUCAAAGUACGGCUUCAUGAUCUCUUCUUACAAAUAGAAAAGGAAUUUGAAGGCCUUUAUGCAGAAAAUUUAUCUCUGCAAGAAAAAAUAGACAGCUUGACUGAGAGACUAGAAAGAGAAUCGGUCAUUGGGGAACGACCGUGUGGAAAUGAUGAAAAUGACGCAGCCUCCACAAAAGGUGGACUCAAGAGCAAGUCUGGAGGGCAGAGCUCACAGAAAGUGAAAGCAGCCAACAAACUACGUGUCCAGACCUCCAAGAUUGUGUCCAGCUUUAAGAAUGAUUCUGUAUCGUGCCGUAUGGUGCGAGAAUAUGUUGGUCACCGAGAUGGCGUGUGGGAUGUGGCAGUGUCCCGCGUUGGUACUCCUGUCAUCGCUACAGCUUCAGCUGAUCAGACAGCAUGUGUGUGGGGUAUUGAUGGAGGGCGGAACCUGCUCCAGUACACGGGUCAUACAGGAUCAGUCAAUUCGGUUAAAUUCCAUCCAUCACAAGACUUGAUUCUUACAGCAAGUGGCGACCACAGUGCUCAUGUCUGGCAAGCUGCAAUUACUCCUGACCAGCUGCGGGUGCAUUCUUCGGAGGAUGAAGUGGAUGGGAGCGAUCACGAGGAUGAGGAGGAUGGGGGUUUAAUGGGUGGUCGUGGUGAUGGAGGAGGAGCAGCCACACUGCGGACUCCACUGAGGGAGCUGACAGGACACACAAGUGUAGUGAUUGCAGCAGACUGGCUGCCAGGUGGAGACCAAGCCAUUACUGCAUCCUGGGAUAGAACAGCCAACCUCUAUGAUACACACACUGGGGAACUCCUUUCUCAGUUGAUUGGUCACGACCAAGAAUUGACUCACUGCUGCUCACACCCAACUCAACGCCUUGUAGUGACUGCUAGUAAAGACACAACUUUUCGAUUGUGGGACUUCCGGGAGCCAAUACACUCUGUAUCAGUCUUCCAGGGUCACACAGAAAGUGUAACAUCUGUUUGCUUUACAAGAGAAGACAAGGUAGUGUCUGGCUCUGAUGAUCGUAGUGUAAAGGUAUGGGACGUGAAGAAUAUGCGUUCACCAUUAGCAACGAUUCGGCUUGAUUCGCCAGUAAAUCGUUUAGCUGUCUCGCCCAUCAAUGUCAUUGCCAUUCCUCAUGACAACCGUCAUGUACGUCUUUAUGACUUGACAGGAAAUCGCCUCGCUAGAUUACCACGGAGUAACAGACAGUGUCACCGGCGCAUGGUGUGCAGUGUGGCUUGGGGUGAGGACGCACUGGGAGCACGCUGUAAUCUCUUUACAGCUGGGUUUGACCGCAUUGUUUAUGGUUGGUCAAUACACUCUUUUAAGGAAGGCAAGGACUGAAACCUCACAGUAAUCAUAGCAUAGAGUUGCCUUUUUGUAUUCGUGUUUAUAGGCUUGUUCAUAUUAGCAUACUCUUUCAAAUUUUGUUUCACACUGUGACUCCGUGUCGAGUCGGGUGUGUUACACUGACUCGGUGCCGAGUCAGGUGUGUCAGUGUGACCUCGGUGCCGAGUCAGGUGUGUCAGUGUGACCUCGGUGCC